AUGUUUAUUAGUGGUCACCUGGAAUGUGUUAAAUGGUUGAUAGCCAACCGUUCAAGCCUGUCAGCAGAAGACCAACUAGGUCGUACACCACUUGACCUGGCCGAGGAGUACCAGCAUCAGGAAGUGGCAAACUUUAUACGCAAAUGUAUCGAUGAGGCACAUGACCCAAAUAGCAGUCUACAUGCAUUGAGGACUAGCAACAGAAAAGGAUUGGAUCCAAUUCAGGAGGAUAGACAAAGAGAGAGGAAUUCGGAUAGUAUGUGGCAAAAUGAUACUAAUCCGGAUUCAGCACGGGCCAACGUGGGCAGCGAGAGUGAAGGUAGAAAAAACAAUGUAGCACAAGUAAAGGAGAAGAAACGACUGUAUGAAGAACAACAAAACUAUAUGGAGAGAACACAUACAUCGUUUCUAGACAGUAUCCGGGACCAGGCUACACACUGAGUCAGUCGUUAAGCUUGUGUUAUGCAUAAAGGAGGCUAUUUUGAUAUGUACAGAAUGUUAGUUUUAUAUGUGAAGGAUUCAGAGCAUCAGUUUUUUUAAUAUUCAGGUUUUUUUUAUAUUGGUAAAAAAUUUAAUGAAUAUGAAUCAUUAUGAAAUAGACUGCAGAUUAGGAGAGCAUGACAUCUUUACACAUAUUAAAGAUAGUUCUGCAUGUUUGAAACAAAUCUUGUUUGACAAUAUAGAAUUUUAUAAACCCACACUUUUUCAAAGCAUCAUUGUAUCUGAAGGAAAUUCAGCCAAAAAAAAAGAUGGGAUAGUGCUUGAUUUUUUUGUAAUUCAACCUUAAGGUAAAUUUUCACAAGGGGCUUCUUUGGGGAAAUCACAUUUUUGACAACAUUGCUGCAUAUAGAAAAAGUUCCACAAUGUGAUUUUAAUGAAACUUUCCAUAGUUUUAGGUUUACCUAUUUUCAGUCACAUGACCAAAUAAAUUGUUUAGAUUCCUGAGCUUACAUUUUUUCCUAUUUGGAAAAAAAAAAUCUUUUGUGAAAAUCAGUCUUAAGGAAGACAGUAGCACUCUGUGUUUAUCAUUUCAUACACAGGAUUUAAUAGAUUCCCAGCAACAUAUAUGUUGCCCAUAUAACGGCUACCAGGCAUUGUUCUAAGAGUUUCCAGAUAAAUGACGUAACACCAUCACUUCUGGUUAAUCAGACUUGCAGAACUACCUUAAAUGCUGGUGAUUUAAUGCAAUUUGCUGUUGCAUUAACAUCGUUUAUUUUAUCAGGAAAAUUUUACUAAUUUACGCAACGAUUUUUGACUAUAGUCUAUCUGCCGUUAUUGAAUGAUAUUAACGAGUAUAUAAAUUUUAUUGUUUUGAAAUAUUCAUAUAUUAGUAUGUAGAUUUAGGCAAUUUUUUGCAUUUAUUUGUAUGGUGACUAGCGAAUUUACCUCUUAAACUGCUAUUGAUUUCUUGCUAUGACAUAUUCAGGUAUUAAACUGACUUACUCGAGGAGAAAUUUGUUGAUUAGGCCAAGAGGGAAAAUUUUCCAAUAACACAAGUAAGGAAAAUGUUUAUGGGAUUCAAUAUGUUAUAACAGUGCAUAUAAAGAAUUAACUAUUUUCCUGAGAAAAAAACACACUAAAUAAUGAUUUUAGAGGUAAUUCUCAGUUGCUGGAUAACUGGAGAAAUGACAGUAUUGUGCCGAAUGUUAGCUUCAAAUGAUUUGUCUUGUUUGUAGAGAGAAAAAAGAGAUGCUGAUAUUUCUCACUUACAUAUAGAUAAAGAAAGGCAUUGAAUUUAUUUUUGUACAGAUGUUUAGUGUCUUUAGCUUCAAGUGCGGGAAUUCUUAACAGAAGUAAGAUUGUUAUAUUUAUGAAAACCUGUUAAAACUGUUUCAGUUGAAACAGCAUGUAUGUAUGUGAAGAGGUACUCUAUUAGUUGAUUGGCUGUUUUUCUACAUAUACACAUAAAAAUAAGCCUGUUGUAAUUAUAACUGGUCAUUGUUUUUAGAGGUAACCUUUGUUUCUUUAUUAGAUUGGUAUUAAUUAUCAGGGCCCAAGGUUAUAAAACAGAAUCUGGAUACCAGUCUCAAAUUUCCGGCAUCUUAUUGGUUGUUCAUGAGCUCAGUCUGGAAUAAACCAAUGGUGGGGCUGUAUUCUGGGACAGGUCUGCAGACUUGGUUUUGUAACCUGGAAGUCUGGGCCGUUUCACCAUUUUGGUAUACACACAAGACUUCCGAGUGAUUUUUGGUGACAAUGGCAAGUCAGACUAGAAUCCCAUAUUACACCACCUUAAUUAAGACAAUUUUUAGAAGAAUGGUUAGUGGUCUUAUUGAUGUGUAUAGUGCAUAUGUUUUCUUUAAUAUUAAAGCUCAAUGCAAUUGUUUGUUAAUCAUCUCAAAAUAUCAAUGUAGUAACCCGGUAGUCUUGCCCAUGUUUAGUUUUCUUCUUAAGGCUAGUAUAAAAUAUUUCAUUCAUUACUAUACCUGUCACAGUCCAACAUCAUAUGUUUGCAUGUAUUUACAUUUUUGUCUUGGUUUUAUACUUGUAACUCAAUUUAAGAAGUCAAAUCUUCCGUGCUUAAUUGGAAACUCAAAAAUCCCAUGCAUUGUGAUGCUUUCCCUGUCAGCUCUUGAAAUUAUUUUGUCAUUUUUCUAAUAAACUUGCUCUGAAGACAUAGAAUAAAUACUCCAAGGUUUUUGCUUCACUGGCUGUUGAUAAAGACAUUCUGUGAUAUUUAUUACGUUUGUAGACAUUUUCUUGUACUGUAUAAAUGUUUCGAAACUGUUUAAAAGUUGUUGUUCUAAAUGUAAACAUUUUCAUUCUGUAUAGAUCUACAUUUUUAUUUCUUUUAGUUGAUAUUAUAUUAGCUUGUUUCUGGUUUUGUUUUCCCUUCAUAAUAUACUUGAAGUGGUGUUAAAAUGUUGAAAAUGGAUGAUGUAUGUUCACAAGAAUAGCCAGGAUUUUGUACAGAGGUUUGGUGCAGAAAGGGAUCCUGCUGUGGCUGGGGUCAAAGAAACAAAGUCAGAAUGCAUUUUCAACAAUAAAAGUACAUGCACUGGUGGAAACGCACAUAAUAGAUACAGGCAUAUUGGCAAAUACAGUAAGCUAAUAUAAUGCAGCAGAGGAUACUUAGAAUGGCAUAAAAACAUACUUUGGUGAUAGAAGAAUUUCAGACUUCAGCAGAUAAGUUUGGUGCUCUUGCACUAGUAAAACUCCUGAUUAUGCCCAUACUGUCAUAAUCUCUUGUAUUUGCUCUUUUAUUUAAAGUCAGUUUUGUCUUUAAAGACUAUACUAGAUUAAGAGAUUUUUGAGCAGGUUUGUCCCACCUGGUAAAGGUGUGUGUAUGGUCAACAAGAAUAGGUUUGCCUUUCAAGGCAAGUUUUAAGGUUGUUGUAUAUAUAUAAAGAGGUAGUAUUAAACACAGGUUUGCCUGUAUAUUCUGUUCCAGAAGUUUUGCUCCAGGGUUACAAUACAUUAAUAGUAACAUAGCAACAAAAAGGUGGCUGCAUUAUAUCUAAAUUUUCUGCUUUGAUAUUGCAAUAAUUUAUGUUUGAAAGGUUGAAUGCUCUGUUAUUUUCAAAUUCCGUCUCAGAAAAAAAAUCAGUGAGAAACUCGAUGCAGCAUAGUAACAUUUAUCAAAGUUUUAAUUGUGGGCAUGUCGGGCUUUAUUCCUUUAAGAAAACCAGUUUGUGUUACUUUCAUUUUAGCUACAAAAAGAUUUGUCAGUGAGUUUGUGACUUAACGGUGCUUGUAGCUUCAGGGAAUUAAAGGAGAAGAAUCUGGAAAUAUUUCUUUGUUCUUGGUAAUAAAAUAUUGAGACUUUACUUUAGCAAGUGCCAAUUGUGUCUGUAUAUAGACAUUCAAAACCUCAAGUAUAGACAUUCUCAACAUAAAAUAUAGACAUUUGCAUCAUAAAAUGUAGACAUUUACAUGGGAAAAUGCUCGAGUCUAAAAUGAAUUUACGUCUAUCUAAUAAAUAUAUUUUAGUUUUUUUGGACAGCAAUAUACAACAGCCCGUUGAGGUCUAUGAAGCUUGUAUGUUUUUGUCAAGAUUUAUAUGUAAAUUUGUUAUCCGUUUAGACUUCAUAAUUGGCUAGGUAUUUGUAGAAAGUAUAAAAAUAUUUAUUUAGAUAUUUCGUUGUUUAUAUUUUUCCAGUAUUACUUUGUUGAAGUUUUAGAUAUUUUUGAAUUUAAACUUUUAUUUAUUACCCUCUUUAGGGCUUUUAAAACAAAAUAAACAGAAUUUUUAAUAUAGAAAUAUAGAGGCUGUUUGUUUGCAAGAAGAUGUACCUUUCCACGUUUUUUUUUUAAAAACACAAACUGGACAUAACUGGCUAGGUAAUGGCAAGCUCCAUUUUGCGCGGAUGCGCAAGCUGGUCUGGAUCCAUGCUGGUCGCAAAGCCACUAUGUUGGUUUUCCCAUGGCACGACUCAUUUCUAUUUGUUUGGAGACAGCUUGACCAAUUUUUCAGGGAAAUCAAUGGAAACAUUACCUUGAAUUCAUAGAAAAUGAAAAUGCUAUCAGCAGUGCUGGAUUGUCACUUUUGUUUCGCAUGUUCGAGUGACAUACCAGUAUGUUUCUGAUUAUAGAGAUAGCUGCAGACGUCAGUUUGUUAAAAUGACUCGAGAUAUUGUAAACAAGUCAUGCUGACUUUAUUCUGUUAAAUAUUUAAAUGUAUAUUUUUUGUUAGUAGAUGAACAUAUCUCUUGAUGACGAUUAUUGUAUUUUGUUGUAUGUUUCUAUACUGUGAUACUCUUGUUGUAGACUGGUACGUUAAAUGUUUUUGCAUCUUUUUAAUGCUUUACACUCCAUUAGAUUUUUCUGUUUUUAUAACUAUUAUUGCAUUAGGGAAUAAAUUUAUUUAUAACUUUA